AUGAAGACCAGAUUCCUGAUACUAUCGGAUACCCAUGCAAUCCCAUAUACGCCUCCUAACCAAUACGCUGAUGUGGCCUUACAUUGUGGUGACUUGACUGAGAACUCUACAUUGGAAGAAUACCGGUCAGCCGUGCAUUUAUUGAAGCAAGUAAAUGCCCCUAUCAAACUUGCUAUUGCUGGAAAUCAUGAUUUCACUCUUGAUAUUCCAUGCUACAAAUCGAGAAUGGAGCGAGCACCCGUAGAUAGGCAUACGCGGCUGAUGGAGGAAUUCGGUGAUUUCGGAGAAGCCAGGCGGCUACUUGAAGAUGCCGGUAUCAUCCUCCUGGACGAAGGAAUUCAUCGCUUUAACUUGGCGAACGGCGCCUCCUUAUCCAUAUACGCGAGCCCAUACACGCCAGCUUUUGGGUAUUGGGGGUUUCAGUACGAUCGAGAAGAGGGACACGAAUUCAAUAUGGAGGGAGUCGACAUUGCUAUGACACACGGACCCCCGAAGGGUUUACUUGACAAAACUAUUGUAUCAGAUGAAGCCGGAUGUACGAACCUCCUUGAAGCUGUAUCCAAGGCUAGACCAAAGAUACACUGCUUUGGACACAUACAUGAGGCUUGGGGAGCAAAACUCGUCACCUGGAAAAGUGCGAGUCUGCCCACUUUCAAUUCUAACCCGGUUGAUGAGGAGAAAUCGGCUUUGAUCAAUAGCUUAACCGGGGCGAGAGACUCUAACAGCCUUCUAGAUACGCUGAAGUCUCACCAAGAUCAAGGUUAUUAUGCUGUCAGUUACUGCUCGGAUGAUCAAACUCCAAUCCAGUCAGGUCAGCAGACCCUAGCCAUAAACGCGUCCAUAAGAGGGCGUGGCCGGAACAAUUAUCAACUACCGUGGUUGGUGGAUAUUGAAUUGCCAAAGGCCAAUUCAAGGGAUUGA